GAGCUCUGAGAGAGAAAGAGGGAGAGAGAGCGAUUGAGAGAGAACGCAGCAACUGUUACGGCUGAAAGAAAUCGAGAUCGGAAUCAACACAACGGAGAGGGAGCUAAACGGAUAUGGGAUCUCAGCUACUGGACUGUUGCUUACGUUCCGUCUUCCACUGUCACUCCCCCAACUGCAACUAUCUUCCUUGAUAGUUUUUGUAGCGAUUCGUAAAAGCUUACACUCUCUCAGGACUUUGAAACCACCCUCACGUUCCAAACUCAUUGUUUGUGACCAGUUUAAGAUAUAUUAAAAUGGGUUCGAGAUACGCUUCUCAUCAGCUCAGCAAUGGGCUAUUUGUGUCUGGAAGGCCAGAGCAACCCAAAGAAAAGCCACCAACGAUGAGCUCAGUAGCCACGCCUUACACCGGCGGUGAUAUCAAGAAAUCUGGAGAGUUGGGGAAGAUGUUUGAUAUUCCGACUGAUGGGACCAAGUCGAGGAAGUCUGGUCCGAUAACUGGAGGUUCUUCAAGAAGUGGUGGGCAGUCUGGUCCUUUGCCUAUGGCAACUGGUCGUAUGUCUGGCUCUUUGGCUUCUGCUGCUGGGUCGAGUUCCAUGAAGAAAACAAACUCUGGUCCUUUGUCUAAGCACGGGGAACCUUUGAAGAAGACAUCUGGUCCGCAGUCUGGUGGUGUGACACGGCAAAACUCUGGUUCUAUACCUAUGCUUCCGACUACUGGGCUCAUAACAUCUGGGCCGAUUACUACUUCUGGUCCUCUGAACUCUUCUGGGGGUCCUAGGAAGAUCUCUGGUCCUCUCGACUAUUCUGGUUCGAUGAAGACUCAUCAUAAGCCUUCCGUUGUUCACAACCAGGCGGUAACUACCCUUGGUCCGGAAGAUGACUUCUCCUGCAUGAAGAGCUUCCCUAAGCCUGUGCUCUGGCUAGUUAUACUUAUAUUUGUGAUGGGGUUCCUUUCUGGAGGCUUCAUUCUUGGAGCAGUUCACAAUGCAGUUCUCCUCAUUGUUGUGGCGGCCUUGUUUGCUAUUGUUGCUGCUCUUUUCUUUUGGAAUCUUUCUUGUGAAAGACGUGGCGUCACAGAUUUCAUUGCUGGUUAUCCUGAUGCUGAUCUUAGAACUGCCAAAAACGGUCAAUACGUGAAGGUCACUGGGGUGGUGACCUGUGGUAACGUGCCGCUUGAGUCAUCCUUCCAUAGAGUUCCCAGAUGUGUUUACACGUCUACUUGUCUAUAUGAGUACCGUGGAUGGGGUUCAAAGCCAGCCAAUGCUUCACACCGCCGCUUCACAUGGGGACUGAGAUCAGCAGAGAGGCAUGUGGUAGAUUUCUACAUUUCUGACUUCCAGUCUGGGCUUAGAGCAUUAGUCAAAACCGGAAACGGUGCAAAGGUAACACCUAUUGUCGAUGACUCUGUUGUCAUCGAUUUCAAGCCAGGAAACGAGCAAGCGUCUCCAGAUUUCGUAAGGUGGUUGGGUCAGAAGAAUCUGUCUAAUGAUGAACGAGUUAUGCGGCUUAAAGAAGGGUAUAUCAAAGAAGGGAGCACAGUAAGUGUCAUUGGAGUGGUACAAAGAAACGAAAGCGUGUUAAUGAUAGUCCCAACAACUGAGCCAUUAGCUGCUGGUUGGCAAUGGAGCAAGUGGACGUUCCCUGCAAGUCUUGAAGGCAUUGUGUUGAGAUGUGAAGAUUCAUCCAAUGUAGACGCAAUCCCUGUCUAG